AUGGCGGUGAACAUGUGCGACUGGGUGAACGCAUUGCCGGCUCUUUAUCAUGAAUAUGGUGAAGAGUCUUGCCCAGCACCUCAUCAUCAUCAACCAAACGGUAUCGAUUGCGAGUGGAGAGUUGUCCCAGGUGACUUCUACUCAUGUGAUAGUUUCUGUCAAAUCCGAACCACAUUUACUUACACCAUGGAAGCCCCUGUCUUCUCGAACCCUUAUUGCAUGGGACCCGCUACCUGCAGUAUUAGCCCAGAUGACCAUGCCGUUUACAACGGUGGAAGCAAUCUCGGCAACACCGUUGAUAUCAAGACCUUGAAAGAUGGUGUCUCAGGUGGAUGGCGCGGCUUGAAGCAGGGCAACACCGCUUCCCCCAAGCUUACAGUCACUCUGAAAGACAACGAGUGUGGCUACUUUACCUUCCUUCCAAUUGCUCGAGAAGUCUGCGGCACGCAUACCUGGGGCAGAACAAUCAAUUCCCAACGAAAGGAUUGUGCUCUUGAUUACCAUACCGAAGGCAACGCUUGCAACCUUGAGUUACUCGGCGCAGAUCUUGGUCGCAGUGCAAAUGCCUGGGGCAGUUCCAUUCCAAACCUCAAGGGUGACACGAUCUUCGUCCGUACCAACUGUGCAGAUCAUACUCCUCUCCCCAUGGACAAGCAAAAUCAAGCCUAUCGUCAUCCAGGUGUUGCCAUGCCUCGUGCAAUUCGUGAAGCCUAUACAUCAUUCUUCACCCAACAGGACGUGUUGCGCAAUCUGGCUACUGAUACUGGCAAAACUCAGUGCGGCUCUGGAAAAGAUGCUCCUGUUUCCGAUGAUUGCAUUGAAGCCCUUCAGCAAACAAUCGAGAAACCCGGUACUACAGUUACUGCCUUGAAUGUUGAAGACUCAGGCAAAGGGUACACCACUAUCUCAAAAGCCAAGUCCUGUGCAGUUCGCGUCUACUACGACGACCAGUUCACUGCAUCCUCGGAGUGCAACGUCAACUAUGUCGAAGUCGCAACUGCAGGUAGCAAAGUGUUGGACAAAUGUUUCAAGGACGGAAACGUGGAAGGGCAGCAUAUCAUUCGACCCAAGGGAAAGUGUGGAUGUCACAUCGCACUGGAGAAGAUUUGA